AUGGGUAAAUCAUCAAAAGAUAAAAGAGAUAUUUAUUACAGAAAAGCAAAAGAGGAGGGAUGGAGAGCCAGAUCUGCAUUUAAAUUAAUUCAAAUCGAUGAAGAAUAUUCAAUUUUUGAAGAUGUUAAAAGAGUUGUAGAUUUAUGUGCUGCUCCAGGUAGUUGGAGUCAAGUAUUAAGUAGAAGAAUUUAUGGUGAUGGUAGCGACCCAAAUGUUAAAAUUGUUGCAGUAGACAUUCAAGAAAUGGCACCACUUAAAGGUGUUGUUCAAAUAAAGGGUGAUAUCACAAAAUACGAAACCGCAAAGCAAAUCAUUUCACAUUUCGAUGGCUCAUUAGCCGAUUUAAUUAUUUCCGAUGGUGCACCAGAUGUUACUGGUUUACAUGAUAUUGAUUUUUAUGGUCAAUCACAAUUAAUUUUAUCAGCAUUAAAUAUUGUAGUACAUACAUUAAAACCAGGUGGCACAUUUGUUGCCAAAAUGUUUAAGGGCGAUGAUAUGAGCCUUAUGUUUUCACAGAUGAAACUUUUCUUUGAACAUGUUUCAUUUGUAAAACCAAAAAGUAGUAGAGACUCCUCAUUGGAAAACUUUGUUUUAUGUAAAAAUUAUCAACCACCAGAAAAUUAUAACCCAAAAAUUAUAGAUAUCAAUAAUAGUUGUAAUAAUAAUAAUAAUAGUAAUAAUAAUAAUAAUAAUCAAGAAUUUUUUGUGGAUAGUUUAAUUGUACCUUUUAUAGCAAUUGGUGACUUAAAAGGUUUUGAUUAA